UGCUGAAUGGAAACAAACGGUAUGUGACUUUUCGUUUGCUAUGUGGAUGUGUGCGUAUAGAGCUCUACCUUUGCAGCUCUUGUAACUUUGGCAAGGCUUUUGAUUAGUUUUCUGAAGAACGGGAAUCGAUGCUCUGUGCAGAAAGAAGAGAAGCGCGGGAUGACAGCAAGGCGUGUACAACGCCACUGUCGAUGUACAGGACACAGGAUCGUCCUCCUCGUUACCCACUGCUACCAAAUCCGCAAUACGAACCACACCUACAAGAUCCAGCAGUCCGAUUGCCUCAGCCCCUUCGAAAACAAGCAGCUCCGUCAACUUCGAUUGCGUCGAGCUUCACUCUGACCAUUCCUACUUUGGCUGUUACAGCAACCAGCACUACAGCUGCAACGUCCGGCCCAAGCUCUGCCACGCCUGUGGUUGUGGAGGUGUUUACCGCAAGUAUAGUAGUAGUAGUGAUGUUGAGAUGCGUCUUCUCGGCUGUUUCCGCACUUUUAGUAUUAGUAUUUUGAGGGACGAGGCAGACCGUCGGCAGGGAGGCUAGGAUAUGAGUCAAGCUUCCUUCCCUUGGUUGUUUUCUUGAUGUUUGGAAAAUCAUCG